AUGGCAUCUUCGAUCAGUGCUGCAAAAACUGACAAUUGUGGUACUGAUAAUAUAGCAACUGGACGGUCGAUGGGUCAAGGAUUGGUUGCGGAGGAGGAGAUAGAUAAAGUACUCAAGCAGGAUGUCGGAGAUGCAGUGACAGCAACAGCUGGCACGGCAGCUGUCGCUGCCGUAGCGUCUGGUUCUGUCACUGUCAGUUCGGGCGUGAACUCCGGUUGUAGUUCUAGAUCCGGCGCUAUAGACUUGGAAGGUUCUUCGAGCCGACAUGGACUUAGUAUUGUAAGGGAAGAGGGGCAUUUCAACGAUACAGAAAUUACAGCAUUGAGUGGUGCAUUGGCUGGGUUCUUGGCCGGUGUCAUCGUAUGUCCGUUGGAUGUUGCCAAGACUAGGUUACAGGCUCAAGGUUUGCAACUUAAUGGUCCGGUGACUCGUCCGGUCGGUAGUGUUGCUACCACGUUUGGAGGGAAAUAUUACAGUGGUAUCUGGGGAACUCUCACGACGAUUGUACGAGACGAAUCCAUUAGAGGAUUGUACAAGGGGAUAGUACCGAUAGUUCUGGGGUACUUCCCGACAUGGAUGAUAUAUUUUUCAGUUUACGAACGAUGUAAGCUAUCGUACCCUCGGUAUUUCAACAAUUCGGAGUUUCUUUCGCAUUCGAUGUCUGCUUUGACUGCAGGAGCCAUUUCCACAACGCUCACGAACCCGAUCUGGGUCGUUAAGACACGGUUAAUGCUUCAGUCAGGUAAGAAUAUUAAGGGCAUGACGCAUUACAAAAACACCUUGGACGCAUUUAUUAAGAUAUACAAAGUCGAAGGAAUCAAGAGUUUUUACUCCGGGUUGAUCCCAUCGUUGUUUGGAUUAUUACAUGUAGCUAUACACUUCCCCGUAUACGAAAAACUGAAGAAGGUUUUGCAUUGUUACCCAAGUGGUAGACCUAAUCAGGAAACUAUGAACGUCAACGGUAACAGUAACCCACAGACUACCGGUUCUACAAAUUUUCAGUUGGGACGGUUGAUCGUUGCAUCCUGUGGGUCAAAGAUGAUCGCUUCAACGCUCACCUACCCUCAUGAAAUACUAAGAACCAGGUUACAACUGAAAUCUGAUAUGAAACCUUCCAUUAAAUCGAUAAUACGAACGACUUAUGCAAAGGAAGGGAUAAGAGGGUUUUAUUCGGGUUUCCUAACUAAUAUGUUCAGAACUGUACCGGCAUCAGCAAUUACUUUAGUCUCGUUUGAAUACUUCAGGAAGCAUUUCAAACUUUGGAACGAUAGUAUAGAGGUAGAAAGGGGCGGAUAG